AUGGCUUCCUCCGUGUCAGAGUCAACCUACGAGUCACAGAAUGACGCACGACUCGACCAGCUACAUUCAAAGCUCCAAACGCUACGAGGGGUCACGACCGACAUAUACGACGAUGCAGAGAGACAGAAUCGCAUGCUAGACGAUACCAACGACACUUUCUCCUCCUUCACUGCCUCACUUUCCCACUCCUCCCGCCGCGCCGCGCACGCCUUCGGCUUGUCGUCCACAGGGGGUGUUAGACAGACACGGAUCAUCGCAUACGUCGUCGGAGGCUUUCUAUUGUUGUGGAUGGUUUGGAACACAAGAGGGUUUUGGUGGAGCUCAACGGAGGGUGGGGUGUAG